ACUUGAAGUUGUGUAUCAUGGAAACAGGAUUUUUAAACUUUCAUGAUGAAGAACAUUUUUCCGAUUUCUCAUUAUCUCUGGAACAGCAUUUAAUGGAAAAGCCUCAAGAUUUAUUAAUGCACAUAGUGGAAAAUGAUUUUGAUUAUAUGGAAACUCAUCUUGAUAUUGCAAAUUCUGAUAGUUUAUGGAGUAAUGAACAUGAACGUUCGGAAGAUGCGGAUGAAAUUACAGAGAUUCCUACAAUUUCCAAGACUGAUAAUAUUAAAGAAGAUUUUGCAAAAGUGCUUACAGAUUGGCAAGAACAUAUUGGCUACUUGCAGGCUACAGACAUUGAUGAAUACAUGGAUAUUAUAGGAUUAAAUAUGAACUCUACAGACAGAAAAAGCUUCUGCAUUUCAGAAAAUGUAUUUCAAGAUGAACAGUCGACACAAACUCUAGAAUCUGAAUACUUUAGAACAAAGCAAGUGGACUUGAAGAAGGAAUGUCUUCAAAGCAGUCAGAACAUACAGGAACCAAACAUAGAAAAUAAUUCAUAUUGUAAAAUAUCCGACACUGUAAAAAAUUGUGAUAAGCAUGUAGAAAUAGAAUCUAAAUCACUUCCUACAGAACUUAUGUAUAGAAAAAGUCAAAACAAGGUAAAAAAGAAUAUCCUUAAAUAUGACAGCAUAGUAAUCGAUAUCACUUCAAACAUAAUAACAAAACAAAAGAGGAAAAAGAAAGAAAAAUCUCUGCUCUACAACAAAGAUGUUAAAAGUAGUAAUCAUGAUAAUAGUAAACCUCAUUUAAGGCAUUUACCAGUCUUGGAAGCUGGAACUGUUGAAAGUUUAUUAGAACAGUUUGAAGCUUCUGAAAAUACUGCAGUAUCAUCUAAUCCAUCUAGCAAGAACAAUACAGACGUUGAUCAAGAUUUAAGUUUAACCCGUAGUAAGAAUCAGCAAUGUAUGAAAGAACCUAGAAUCAAUGCUACUGAGAAACCAUUAUCACAAGUUUCAAGUCUUCAUAAGAACAUUCGAGAUGCUUUACCCAAAGAAAUCAUUGAUAAGGUUAAGACGUCUGGAUGUAAAAAAGUAAUUUCAAUAAUACCAACAAUGUCGUCGAGCAUACAGACUAAUGGACGUAGCAAUGGAACGCGCAUGCAAGAUGCUGCUGCCACGCUUUCUCGAAAUAAACUGUUGCAAAUAGUGACAAAUAGUACUAAAAGUAGAGCCAUUGAUGGUGGAUUAGUUCAAUUGGAUCAUGAUUACUGUAGUAGUACUAAUUCUUCCAUUAGUAGUUCUGAUAGCAACUAUGAAUACGACAAGCAAAGUAGCGACACUGAAAAAGUGACUCCAGUUAAAAAUGAUGAUCAACAGUGGACUGAAUCUCAUUCAGAAUAUACAAAGCACGCAAUAUCAUUACUUGGAAAUGAAAUUUUGGUAAAAAGGAAAGGAUACUCGAUUGAAAACAGUACAAAGAAAGAUGAUACAUUGGAAUUAAUUGAAGUAAGCGCUAACAGCGAAGAGCAAGUUGAAGCUGUAGUAUUUGAAGGUGAUGAAACUAGUGGAUCUGUAAAACGACAAAGUGAAACUAAGUGCGAGAAGCAAAUAUUAACAGAAGAUAAAAAUUGUCAAAAUGUUAAUGCAUCAAAUAAUACAACCAAGUAUUUUAACCAAAUUCGAAAUGAGUCUUCAAAUAAUUCAACGCCUGAAAUGAAAAUACGUUCAGCUUUAGCAACAAGUAUUUUGCAAUUGCAACGGGGUGCUUUAAGUAAAACAAAGUGUUUGAAUGGAGGGAAUCAGAAAACGAAACAAAUGGUUUCUGUAUUAAAGAAACCACUUAAUGUACAGCAAUCACCAGCUGUAAUAACCAGUAGUUAUGAAAGUAUAGUGACUACGCAUAAUAGAUCAAAUGACAAAAUACAAAAUAUUAUUGUUCAAAAUACAGAAGAAAAAGUUAUACAAGAGGAAGAUAGAAAACCACCCCGUAAAAAAUUAAAUUUAGCAGAAUACAGGAGUAGAAGAGAACAAAAUCGUAGUGAUAAUAGUCGAACAAAUUCACCAAUACAACCUAUGGCAUUGAUAUAUAUUCAUCAUGCUUCAACGACAACUGAACCUAUCAAAGACGAUUUUGGAAGUCUGAAUUGGUCGGAAAGAGAAAUUGUAUCAGUUUUGAAGCCAAAAGUAGAUGUAGACGAAGAAAAGGCUCACCCGAAACCACUUACAUGUGAUGUAGGAAUACAAACUUACGAAACUGUAUUUGAGUUUCCUCCAAAGUCGUUAACUGACAUUGAUGAAAGACAUGAGGAUGAGAGAGAAAAACACGUUCUCAACACAAGUCAACGAUCGUAUAGAAAACACAGAAUUGGUUCUAGUUCAAGUCGGUCUAGAUCAAGGAGCAAAAGUAAAAGUAGGAGUAAAAGCAGAAGCAGUAGUAGUAGUAGAGACAGAUCGCAUAAACGCAGCAAUACACGUCAUCGAAGAAUAAGCCAUCGCCGUAGCUCUGUCAGUUCAAGUAGUAGUUGGUCAUCUCGUUCACGUUCACGUUCACGUUCAAAUACUAGAUCUACUUUCAGUUCAGAAUCUAGAUACUCACGAUCACGUUCUAGAUCGUCCCGAUCAAGAUCCCGGUCUUCCUCAAGAUAUUCCAGUUGUUCAAGAUUUUCGUCUCGUUCAAGUUUUGGAAGAAGUAAAUGGUUAAGUCGUAAAAGAAAAGAAAGGCGAAGUCGUAAAGAUUACGAUAGACAUAGACAGCGCUCUUCAAGCAGCUAUCGUAGUUACAGAGAUUGGAGAAGAUCUCCAUCAAGUUCUUACCGGAAAUCCUAUGAUUGGUUCGAUCGAGAAAAACAAAGACAAGUAGAGGAACGAAGAGUAAUUUACGUUGGACGAUUAGAGGAAGGAAUAACUAAAGCUGAUUUACGCAGAAGAUUCGAAAAUUUCGGCCCUGUUGUAGAUAUUAGUGUCCAUUUCCGUGAACAUGGUGAUAACUAUGGUUUUGUGACAUUUGGCUAUAAGAAUGAUGCAUAUGAAGCAGUCGAACAUGGUAAUGAUGAUCCAACUUUGCCCAGAUAUGAUUUAUGCUUUGGAGGACGUCGAGCUUUUUGUAAAGUUAAAUAUGCUGACCUUGAUGGCAUGGCAAGCAGCUCCCCUAAUAGUGGGCACAUGUCUCACAAUCAGAUGAAUGAAGAUAAUACAUUUGACCUGUUACUAAAAGAAGCAAAAGCUAAGUUGCGCAAAAGGAAGGUUUGA